GCUCGUAAAUUCGACUUAGCCAAAUCAGAAGCAAUGCUGCGAAAGAGUAUGGAAUUUCGAAAGGAAAUGAAACUAGAUGAUUUGGUACAAUCUUAUAAAAUACCUCAGAUCAUACAAGAUUACUACUCAGGCAAUUAUUUCGGUUACGAUAAAGAAGGUUCACCGGUCUUGGUGGAUCCAAUUGGAAAUCUGGAUAUCAAAGGGCUGAUGCAUUGCGUCAAGAAAGAAGAAAUCUGGAAGUACAAACUGUACAUGGCUGAGAUCGCAACAGUGAAAUUUAAACAACAAAGUAAAAAGCUUGGGUGCCGUAUUGAGUCCAUGACGACCAUUGAAGAUAUGUCAAAUCUGGGAUUAAAACACUUAUGGAAGCCUGGUCUAGACUGCUUUUUUAAGCUUGUUAAAAUGUAUGAAGAGAAUUAUCCAGAAUUUUUGAAGCGAGUUUUUAUAAUAAAUGCUCCAGCUAUAUUUCCCGUCAUGUAUUCACUUAUGAAGCCGUUCGUUAGCGAAGAAACGAAACAAAAAAUUUUCGUCCUUGGCAGUAACUGGAAACAAGUUUUACGACAAUAUAUCGAUGAAGAUCAAUUACCGAAAGCGUUAGGAGGAGCCUGCACCGAUAAAGACGGUCAUCCGUAUUGCAAAUCGCAGAUCUGCUUAGGAGGAGAAAUACCCAAGUCUUUAUACAAAACCGAUUUGACGAUUUGCAAUGAUGACUAUACUACCGCUGUGAUUAACCGAGGUGCCACCAUGCAAAUAAAAUACGAGAUUGAAGAUCCUGGUACCACUAUUCGUUGGGAGUUUAAAACUGAUGGCCACGAUAUCGCUUUCGGAUUAUAUUAUAAGGAAGAUGAAUCAUUGGCGGACAGUAACAUUGAAGAGAUGGAAAAGCUGAUUUCAGUUGAGCGUAGGGACAGUCAUUUACUUCCAGAGUAUGGCAGCUUCUACUGUGAUCGAACUGGAACUUAUAUCGUGAACUUUGAUAAUUCAUAUAGCUGGACUCGAAAUAAGCGUCUAUCAUAUGCAAUUGAUGUUUUAAAACCUGAUUUAUCCAAAGAUAUCUGUAAUUUUAAUCUUAUCAAGACAUAG